AUGUGACAAUUGCUAAAAUACAAGAUGGAGGACAUUUCUACCAUUUAAGGCUAAUAUUAUCUUUUUGGUGAAUCUCUGUGCGAGUUUCAUGUAAACAUGAUAAUGAAAACGUCCUUUGCUAAGGGAAUGAAUGAACUUCAAACAUGAAAACUGUAGAUCACAGUAAUAAGGACUCAUUUGUGGUUCAAAUGCCAAGUUAUCUAAACAGUGACGGAGUGCAAAUGUUCAGACAACGUGUGCAAGUAGACAUUGCAGAUGGCAAGAACUCUCAUGCUUCAAAAGGGCAACAUAACCUUUUGAGUGCCAUACAGCCUUUUAAAAAGAAUUCAUCAAAGUUAAAUAAAGCCAUAAAUGAAUUUUUGAAAUCUGUGUUGUCUGAGAAGCAAAGCUGGAGAAUUAUCUAUCUUGGCUGUCUUAAUAUAAUAUGCACCAUCAUUUUGUUUUCUUAUUGCAAGAGUUCAAAUAGCAUGGCAUUGACUGCAUUUACCUACAUUACAGUAUUUGAUUUUCUCAGUUUAUUCACUUGCAUAUUGUCAAUCUGGAUUUCUCUUCAAAAACCAAGCUCAAAGUUUACAUUUGGUUAUGCAAGGGUUCAAGUUUUGGCUGUGUUUGCCUCAACCAUUUUGGCUGUUUUUGGAGGCUUGUUUGUUAUCAAAGAGAGCAUGGAAAGACUCCUUAUUCCACCAGAAGUAACAACUCAUCACGUGGUCCUUGUCACGUGUUUUGGUUUGUUGGUCCAUUUAAUCGUUACAUACGGAACAAAAAACGAGCCGUUUGAACAAGUUUUAAAAGCAUCAACUUCAAAUUGGCUUCAAGAUGCUCUCAUGGAUUUGGGACAUAGCAUAUGUGGUGUGUUCCCACCGUUAGGAAAUUUUCUUAUUGCAAAAAUCAAUCCGCUUGCUCUUGUCGCCAUUGUUGGUGCAAUUGCUGUCAUUUUUACGACGGUUGUUAUCGAUUUCAACAAAUAUUAUCUUUCCGAUACCUUGGCCGCUGUAACCAUUGCAUUGAUCACGUGGGGAACCAUGUUGCCAUUGGUCAUAUGUAGUGGUCGUGUUUUAUUGCAGACAUGUCCUCAAAUUACAAUGAGUCAAGUUGACAAGUGUAUGAGAGAGGCUUUGACGCUUGAUGGAGUAUUAGAAUUUCGCAAUGAACAUUUCUGGAGUUUAUCGUUUGGAAAACUAGUCGGGUCGUUACAUGUUCGCGUCAGAAGAGAUGCAGAUGAACAGCUUGUUCUUGCGCACGUAACAAACAAACUUGCUGCUUACGUGACGGAUCUCACUGUUCAAGUAUUUAAAGAGGACUGGAGUCGAACGGGUGGUUCGAUGAACUCCGUUUUGAUGCGUCCUCAAUGGUCUUUGAAUCCCCUAGAUCAUACUCCUCGCGUGCUUUCUCACGGAAUCGCACCAGCCUCGUGAUAUUAGUUUAGGAAAUACUUGAAAUAAUUGUGGUCGUAAUUUUUAAGAUCUUUUAUUUAUAAAGAAUCUAAAUCGUAUGUAAUCAAUAAAUGUUCAAAUUCCAA